AGUUUAUUGGACUUCGGAUCGGAUGUUGGAAAGAAGUGCAUGAGAGGAAAUUGGCUAGCCACGGAUGUGAUUAAAUUUCAACCAUAUUUCGUCUUUUUCCAGGGAUCUGAAGCUGGUGUGAGGAUGGUGCAUCAACACAAGAACGUAUUCCUGAGCCUCAAGGGCCGAGAAAUCGGUUUUGGGGGGCGCAUUCGGCGACAUAUCCUGUCGCAUUUUGCAGAAGAAAUCGCCGCGACCUCUUCAACUGACAAUAAAGCCUGUAAUUUGCCAGGGUCUCGUUGCACAUUCCUUGUCACCUUCAGUCAUGACCACAAACUGGUAGCCUCCUCCCACGGUAACCACACUCUCAACAUAUCACGUCUGACUACCGGUGAGCAUAUCCGAACCCUGACUGGUCACCCACGGAGUCCGUGGUGCGUGACCUUUCACCCCUCGUGCAAUGAGAUCCUUGCGUCUGGAUGUCUGGGCGGUGAAGUCCGAGUCUGGGACUUACAGGGAAGGAGUGAAGUCUGGCAGUCAGACAAUCAUUCCAUGAUCGCGUCUCUCUCCUUCCAUCCACGAGAUCAAGUCCUAGCCAUUGCAACGCAAGAUCAGAUUUUACUGUGGGAUUGGCGUCAACCCGUGCCAUUUGCUUCCGUUGCAAUUUCAUCACCACUGGAGAAAGUCAGGUUGGUCAGGUUUAGUCCCUUGGGUCACAAUCUUCUAACAGGCAUCGCCAAUGCACCAGUCGAUGAGGAAGAACCGGAAUACGAAAAUCUAGAUGUCCAGCAUGAAGCCUACCAGAGUACAACAAGACACUCCCGCCAUGGUGUCCCAGAACAUCUCAAUCCUUAUCCAAGACCUCCACGCUUAGACCCAACCCUCCAAGGAACAUACCCCUCCAGCUUACCCAGUUCUCAAGGCUUCACUGCUGCUGCUCGGCUUAGGAGGCCCAUGUCACCAAUUCAGAACGAGACUCUAGAAGAAGCCAGAGAAUAUGCAGCAGCUGUCACGCUGACGGCACUAGGACUUCGAAGAGUUAAUCCCACAAGAAAUCUAGCUCAUGAUUAUUCCUAUGACGGAUCGCGAACGGGUGGGCAAAACCUCCCCAAUGAGCAGUCUGAUGAACGUGAAAGCAUCUUUUCGAGAGGGGCCAGGCAUGCGAGUGUCAUUCACAGCAAUGCAGGGACCCAGAAUGACUCUCCUGAAGUCAGAGGCGAAAACGGUGGCAGAAGCGGGAUUAGCUCUUGGGAUCUUGGGGAAAGCAGCGAUGAUACCAGAGGCGACAUGAGAUCAAGUGAUGAUGCUGUGAGCGAAGAUAGUCAGAGCACUGACAGAAUGUCUAAUGUUUCCAUCGAGGAAAGCAGAAACUUUUCGGCACCAGUUUACGUGAAUAUGGAUGUUACAAAUGGAGAUGAGAUUAGGAUCGCAAGGACGUCACUAUCUAUUCCGCAGACGCCAAACAUUGAUAGUGGAAGCCAUGUAGCAAGAUUGCAACAACUCCCCAUGAACGCUGAUAGCGGAACCUCAGAGGAACUCGUGUCAACAUCCACCAAGAAUGCUGCAGCUUCUGACCAAAGGAGUUUAGCUCCUGGCAACGAACUGAGACCUCUAGAUUUGGUUUCAUCAAAGAAAUAUGGAAUCUUACCUUCGACAAGCUCUCAGCAUGAACAAGAUUCUCAAAAUAAUGAGACUCAGAGUUCUAGUCCAUCAAACAGUGAAAAUAAGGACUGCCAUUCCCCAGAAGCCAAGCGACACUGCCCAGACUUAAACAGCCAAGACCAAACACUUAGUGUAAAGGACACAAGUCAAAAUAAUGAUGAGCAUUCCUUAAGUGGUCCAUCAUCUUCCAGUAGGGGUGAAAGAUCAGCAAAACCUGGACAUUCAGCACGUCAGCGAUUAUCCUUCUCCGAUGCUGAGGUUUCAAGUGUUGUUCAAAAUGUGGAACUUUUGCCACGAGGUGAUGGCGAAUCCCCAGUUACAGAGACUGUUGCUUCAUCACAUAUAGUCAGCAGUACAAGCAGUCAGGAUACAAGACUGCAGAGCUCAGACGCUAACUCAAACAGCAUUUUGACAGUCCAAUCUUCAUCUUCCGAAGCAGCAGCAACUGAUUCAGACACUGAGAUGCAACCAGCUCUUCAAUCACAGACCCUCGCGCAUCCUCGUGCUACGGUCAUGCAUCGUGACAUUGGUGGUAUUAUAGAUCAGCCUCGUGCAUUCACAGCACAUCUUGGGACGAUACCUCACACAGCUCCACCAGAGAGAACCUCAGACUCUGAUGACACCUCGACGAGGCGCAGCACCUCACACUCAUCAAACGACUCUCACUCGUUAGAUAUCUCCUCUGAAAUACAUGUAGAUCGCAUAUCCCAAUCUGACACUGUCUCUUCAACUAACACUUCAUCUAUAGCCAGCAUCUCCUUGCCAACCUCAUCAACCAACUACGCAAAUGUCGUUGCUGAACAAACACGACCGCCUCAAUUUGGAUACCAAGGAGGUGCAAGAGCGUUGCAUUUUGGUUCCAGAUCUGCAAUCAACUCUGGAUCCAACCUGAACCCUUUAGAUCUAUCGAUUGCGAGAUCACCGACUUCAAGUCACACGGAGGUUAGAAGCAACAUUCAAGAUUUGCCGCUCGGUGAGAGACAUUUGGAAUCAUCAGGGAAUAGCAUCCAAGAAGCUUUCCGCCGAAGAACAUCACCUGAAGCACCUUCACAGUCAAGCUCUGCGAACGAUCAUCAAUCAGAGACCAGACUAGUACAGGACACCAGACCUAACCGUGAAUCACCAGUCAGGUCCCAUUACCAAACAGACUUCCAGCCUCCAGUUCCUCAGGGAAUAGAUCUGUCCAUCCCUCAUGUCCGACAGGGAACCAGACCUCCCUAUGCACCAGUAUUGACCUCUACCCACACAAGUGGCGCAGGGCAUAUGAGUCACAUGUCGGGGUCUUAUAUGAGCAGACAGCAGGAACUUGCAUCCUCUUCCGUUCCCGAACCAAUACCAGAACCUCUCACAAGUCUGCAACCGUCCAACCCCUUCCCCGUGAGCGACGCAGCAUCUAGAUAUCGUCGGUACAAUCUGUGGAGAAGUCCAGGAUUACAUCGACAGCGUACUGGAGGGUUGACUCAAAACCCAGACCUGAGGGACGGGGACUCCUUGAUGGGUGACAACCAGGCAGAUGAACCACGUGCUGGAGUUGUAUACGGUGCUCGUCGUGUUGCACCUCUACACACUCGCCGACAGCCUCACUUAGCCCUCUUCAAUCAACCGUCUCGUCAGAUGACAGACAUAGAGAGAAUGGACAUGGCUGCUAGGGUACAACGUCGAUUACUCAGACAGUCACGCCAAGGACCUCUACGUGCACAGCUUGGCAGGUUAACUGGUCAAUUCUCUGGUCAGUUUUCUGGCCAUCAUCAUCAUCCAAGGAACAGCAUCUUUGAUGAGAGUUAUCAGCCGCCUCCACCCAUGAUCCAUGCUACUAUCAACAGGGCCAUCGCUAGUGCAUUCGCUGGUCGCGGGGAGACGGCUGUAGCUAAUAACAUCGGCAACACAACCUACAGGUUGCAGUGGUGGGAUUUCUCUGAGUUUGAACUUCCAGAUAUCAGCGAUCCGGACCAUAACGUCAUCGUCCCUCAUUGCAAAAUACACAACGAUGCCAGCUGUGAUGUAUCUCAAGAUGGCCGCUACCUAGCAGCCUUUGUCCCUAGUCCUCUCGGUUUCCCUGACGACGGAGUCCUUGCUAUCUACUCACUCAUGCCGCACAACUUCAGUGACGUGCUCUACACCAAGAGUUUUGGUCCUAAUGCUAUCACAGUCAACAUUUCGCCUUUGAGCGGCUUUGUUAUUGUGGGUUUAGCGUCUCGUAGAUUACACCUACACAUGGCGUCCAAACAGUUAAUGGGCAUGAUCUACAAGCUGCAUAAAGAAGGAGCAUCGGAGGACUCCUUGCUGUAUGUGUGUGAUGUUGAUCAUACAUGCAGUGACCAGGAACGUCGGCAUCAUGUCAGUGUGAACACCGUCAAGUGGAUCCCACGACCCGGGGGAGGACUAGUCUAUGGAACAAAUCGGGGCGAUCUGAGGAUAUGCAGCCCUGCUAAUUUCACAGCCCCGGAUGACACGUCCACGGACCAGAGUUAUCGCUCAGACUACACCCCCCUAGAUGACUACCCCCGUCAUGACUUGGUCCAUCGUCGACGUAGCUACACUUACAUGUACCAAGAGUUUGGGCUGAGGAAUCUGGGCUUGCAUGCACCGUCGUCAACAGCGCCCUCUAGUGGUGUGAGGGCGUCGGCACCGGAGAGGAGGGCUCGGGGGACCCAGACGCCACAGAGGGCGCUGUUUAGCACAGCGACGCAGACUGAUGAGCAGGAGCAUGUGUAGGUCAUUAUGUCGUCAUCAGAAAUAGGAUAGGCUGUGUAUUGGAUGAUGUCACAUGCUAGAGGGCGCUAUUGAUGAAUCGGAUAAGAGUCAUAAACCGAUUCGGAAUAAGUCAGCUGGUUGUAUAGAGGUCAGUGACCUUGGAUGGACAAUGUUUUAGACAAAGAGGGAGCUCUUUGAUAGGUUAAGCCCACAGACAUAUAAACGCAUAGACCACCAGUCAUGCGCGUAAAACUGUGAUUUGAAAAAGUAUGGACAAAAUGCUUGUUGACAGCGCGCAUUAACCACACGAUGCGCAUUCAAUGCCGAUACGCAAUCGAAAAAUAACUUCAUAGAUUUUUUUUAAUGGAAUAGUUCAACUGUCUGUCAAAUCCUUAUACCGAGAGGUGAAUUUGCCCAUAGUUUGGAUUUUAGUCAGGCGCAACAUAAUCACGGAAUGCGCAUGUAGUUUCGAAUAGGACCUGGCGGUCUGUGUGUUUAUAUGUCUGUGGUGAUUCAGGCCCAAUUUCAUGUCCCUGCUUACUGUUAGCGAAAAAAUCCUGCUAACUAUAGCAGAAAAUUCCGUGUGCAUGCGUACAUCCUGUCACUAAGGUUCUGUGCUUACAGGGUUAGCACAGAAUUUUUCUGCUAGCUCUGAUGGCACAGAAUGGUGAUUGUAAGCGCAGAAUGCUGUGGUUAGCAGCGCAGGGAAAUUGCCCCCCAGGCUUGAUCCAUGCACCAAGAUCAGGUCGAUUUGAAUUGUUUGUGCUUGACUAUAGGCUCCGUGCGCCAACAGAAGAGGGCGCCCUUUUACCUAGCAACGACGGCCCAUGGGCGUGACAUUUAGCUGGUUGAUGCGCACCGUUCCUUGUGUGUGACGCACGUACACCAGGGGAUCUGUACUACGAACAUGAUGGCUGCGCGUCGCGGCAAAAUUGCAGUCAGGCAAGAUGGCAUCGGCCGGACACCCCCAACUAAGCUUUCUUUGCCGGUGAGGGGGUACUUGUGAACGGAGCGGAUAGAGCGCUGAGCAAAGGCUUCAUGAACAGAGGUUUCGAGCAUUUGGUCUUUGAUAAAUCAUGAAGUGCUGAAGGAAACUAGUUGAAUUGUGCAUGUACAUAGAGGGCGGUAUUUAGACGGUAUCAACUAGUAAAUUUUAAAAAGUGUCCAACGUGUAGACUAUUGGACACCGGAGGGCUUUUGAACAAUGAUCCCUUGGAGUGCAAAUCUUGAAGCAGGGGUCACUGCCAAGGUCAGGGUCAUGAGUGAAAGGUCACAAGCUUUCAUAAUGUCAUGUCCUCUUGUAGUAGAAGAAACUGUCUUCAAAUUUUGUGGAAUUGUCAAUAUUAUUGAAUUGCCACAUGUAUGGAGAGGUGAAGCAGUGUUUGUUAGUUUGGUUGAUGGUGCGAGCAGAUUUGCAGUUUGGUAUUAAAUAGAUGUGUCAAGCAGUUCAUUCAGUUUUAUGCAAUACAACAAAGAAUUAUAUCCUCGUCUCUGAAGAUGAUGGCAUAAGGUGCUGUUUGUUUGUUUCGCUUUCAAUUGGGCAUUAUUUCUUUGCAGCUGAGAUUCACUGCUUACAUGUCUCGUUUACACCUAGAACGCUUGUUUAUCAAAACUUUUUUAUAACUUAAAAAUGCUCAGGGAGAUCCCCUGUCAGUCACCAUUACAGAUAACAUUCGCAUUACUGAAGCAUUAUUUGGUAAAAACAAUCAUAUCAAAAAAUUCCAUCAUUUUAGGUGCAAGUUUUUUAAUUUGUGUUCUGGGUGUAACAUUGAACAUUUUCUGAAUAAAUUUUAUUUGAAAUUUAUGUUGAGCUUGAAAAGCUUAUUUCUAUGGAUUUUUAUAGCCAAAGUAGGAUUUUAUUUCAAUUAAUGUUGUUUUAGAGUAUUGUGUGCUUUAAAGGAAACAGUCUUUCCUGGUAGAUGUAAAAAAAUAAACUGAUGAAAUUAAAUUGCUCAUUUUUGUCUGCGUAAAAUGUCAAAAAAUUUGAGCAUGGAGUCGUAAGAAAAUGCACUUUGAAUGGACUUCCUUUCUAGUGUUUGAUUUUGUCUUUUCAGGACAGAAGAAAAAUUGUAAAGGUUAGAAAUACUGGUACAGAAGACAAACCGGCAAAGCAACAAAAAUAAAUAAAUCUCAAAAAGUAUAGUAAAAAGAA